AUGGAUCUUAGAAGGAGAUUCCAUGCUGAAGAUGUAUCUUCGAAUAACCGAGAUACUAGAACUUUCCAAUUUUCAACAGAACGCAACGAAAAAGUAUCGGAAGGGCCCUUUACUGAACAACGUACUAUUCCAUUAAUAUCGACGGAUGUGCUAGAUGUACCCAGUCAGCGUUUACUCAUGGUUGCUAUAUUUGUGAUAAUACAGUGCUAUAAGCUAUAUGAUCUCAUACUUCUGAAAUCUGGUCUACCUGUGUCCGGAAUACUAUUGACAAGCUCCAGGUUCAAUUUUAUCACCAAGUACUUUAUCAUUGAUUCACUUUUCCUAUAUUUCCUCCCUAAUCUGAAAAUUCCAAAAUUAGCUUUUAAGCCUGUAACCGUCGUUCUCCAAAUAGUUCUACUGACUGUUACUACCGUGUUUCUGUCCAAUGAGCAAAGCUUCCCCUUUGUAUCAGUCCUAGUUUCGGCCUGGACGAAGUUUAAUACAAGAGAACUCAGCUUAACUGGAAGUUCCGUUAAUCAUCGCAAAAUCAUGGAUCCUUCAUCCCAUUUUAAAGGUGCUCUUACGAUUAAAAUUCUUCCAGAAAACACUGCCGUUUUAAAUCCCUUCCAGGAUUCAUUUUGUCUACCGAUGGACAAUGUCGAAUUUGAGACUCUUCAUAUACCUAUAAGAAUCAAUUCCAGUUCCGAAAUUGAGUUUAUGCAGCUAGAAUAUCGAAAUCUUCAAACCAAUGAUGUUGAGCUUUGGAAUUUUACGCGUAAGGAUUUACUUGAAGUUGAAAAAGGUCACCCGCUGUAUAGAAGAGAAGACCUUAUAUCACAUCAAAAAGCUUUUGGGCCUAAAAUUCGAUAUUUUACUUUGCCUGUUGACAGGACUGGUUUGUAUCAGAUCAAAAAGAUUAUCGACUCCAAAAAGUUAAGCUUGAGAUUGUAUAAAUCCCAGAUAAUAGUUCCUCACUGUCCAACGGCUGUUCUUUCCGGUUUAGGCAACACCGAUAGAUGUAUUGGUGACUUAGACAAGGUUUCCAUUGAGGUUCAUGGUGUUCCUCCUCUUGAGCUGCAGUACAUCAAAACUUUGAAUGCAGAUUCAUCUACUUUCACCGAUUCUAGCCUCCAACCGGAAUACUUUGAGUCUCCGUUAUUGUCUAAUUCAAAGUUCUUUCAAGCUCAAGACAUUUCCGAUCUGCAGUGGGCUCAAAAUCAGCCAGUAACGAUUAAUUUGGAAUCUGUUUUAAAAGAGGAUGGUAAAUAUUCAUAUGCCAUUGAAAAAGUUAUAGAUGGCUUUGGUAAUGAAGUAGACUUCUCAGGUCUGCCACAAGGUUUACUGAAAACCUAUGGCCUGGAUUACACCUUCAACGUUCAUGAUUUACCCAAAGCCACUCUAGACACGCAAUUCAAUCAUGACUCUGCUACAAAAAGAUCUUUGAUGGUAAAUUUUGAAAAAACUAGAGAUUGGGAAAAGGCAUCGCCAUAUACUGCAACAUUUCAGUUCAUUGACGAGAAUGAUGAAGCUACCGAAUUCAGACAUGAGUUCAAUCAACUUUCCACUGAAAUUCCCGUGGAGGUACCAGGUACCUAUACUUUACUUUCUGUGAGUUCGAAAUUUUGCUCUGGUAUCGUUAUGGAUAAAUCAAGCGUUUUGGUGACUCAGCCAAUCCCUCCAAGCUUAGAGAUCAAGCCAACCCCAAUUUUAGAUCAAUGUGUUGGACAAACAGGUUUGAACUUUGACUUAACGUUUACGGGAGUUCCUCCUUUCUACUACAGAGUUAAAAUAUUUAAGAUUGAACCUGAUGAAAGAAAACUGUACGACACCAAACGGUUCACUUCACAAGGAACGAGAAACCAAUUCACUUAUAGUCCUACCUCGGAAGGGCACUAUGAAAUUGUAUUCGAUGAACUUUCUAAUACUUUAUUCACCAGUGCCAUUGCGCUAACGCCGAUUGAGAAUUACACAUUCAAAACAUCUAUGAGAGUUAAGCCAGCAGCAUCCAUUAUCUCAAAUUAUGCAGAAAAGUUGUGUCUUGGAGGUCAAAGCAAGAUUCCUCUGUCGUUCAAUGGUGAACCCCCAUUUUCUUUGACCUACGAUAUUUUAGAAACUUCGUCAAACAAGCGAACGACAUAUACUUUGGAUGACAUCAAGUCUUAUCGAUAUGACCUCGAUACCCCAGUAUUCGAUGUUGGAGGGGACUAUAUUGUAUCUUUAAUCUCAAUUAAGGACUCCUCCGGCUGCCUUGUUGGUCUAAGUUCUUCGGAUGCCAGGAUUGAAGUUAGAAGAGAUGUCCCUGCUGCGCAAUUCAAUCUGCUUGAAAAUAUGGAUAAAAUGCAGAUUAAGGAAGGAACGUUUGCGGAGUUACCCUUACGGCUAUCCGGAGUUGCUCCUUUCGUUGUAGCGUACCAGCAUUUGUCGCCUGAAGGUAAAGUAUUAGGAAAUUACGAGGCUACCUUUCAUUCUAGCUACAAAGCAGUUUUAAAGGUUGAUAAAGAAGGAAAAUAUAAGCUACUUUCUGUUAGAGAUCAAAGCUGUUCUGGAAAAAUUGAAGGCAUUGAUGACUUCGUAAUAACUUUCCUAGAGAAGCCGAAAUUCAGUGUACUUGAACACAAUAAAAUUACUAGAAAAAGUGAUCUGCAUUUUGAAAAAGCAAAAGUUUGCCAAGGAUUUGAAGAAUCGAUAGAUCUCGCAUUGAUUGGUUCUGCACCAUUUGUUGUAAGCUAUGAGUUGAUAUCUCCAAGCGGUCAAAUAACGAGCAAAUCAAUACAGGUUGCUACGAAAUAUGCUUCUCUCAAGUUCCCUAACGACAAAUCUGGAAGUUAUGUUAUGAAUAUCAGGGGUGUCUACGACUCCUACUACACUGAACAAGAUUUAUCGAGGAUAGGAUAUGUGCAUGAUGUCGUGAGUAUCGAACAGAGUGUGAAUCCUUUGCCCAGCGUGCAGUUUUUGCAACGAGGAAAGACUUAUCGAACUUGUUCAGCAAAUAUUGGCGAAUCAUUAGAAGAUGUUGAACCUAUUUCCCUAGAAAUCAAACGUGGUUCGGGUCCCUUUUCCGUGUCUUUUAGUGUGUACCACGAAAGUACUUCCAAAACUGACUAUUUUACCAUAGAUGGAAUCACUAAGAAUGGUUUCGACUCAAGGCGCCUAUAUGACGGUCUUAAAUUGGGAAAUCAUUUGGUUACUAUAGAGAAGAUUAUCGACGCAAAUGGAUGCACGCAUGAUGUGGUCUCUGAAAAUAAUCAUGUUUUGAUCUCCAUCACUGAUGUGCCAAAGAUAUCACUGAUCGAUCCAACGAUCGAGUACUGUGUUGGUGAUCACGUCGCAUACCAAUUGAGCGGAGUUGCACCAUUCUUUAUCAAGUAUGAUUUCAAUGGAAUUCCUUUAAAAUCAAAAGAACAUUCCUCUCAAUUUAUCAGAUUUGCCUCUGAACCGGGCACUAUCUCGGUCAGUUCGAUACAUGAUUCAUCAUCACAAUGUAUCGUAAACUUCACGAAACCUGGCAUGGAAAAAGAAUUUGAGGAUCUCUCCCUGGUUAUCCAUCCUAUACCAUCUGUUACGGUUUCAAGGGGUGACUACGUUGUUGAGGACAUUCAUGAAGGUGAUCAGGCUGAAAUCAUCUUCUCAUUCGAGGGUACUCCCCCUUUUUCUUUGACAUACGUACGUACUGAGGAAGUUGAUGACAAGAGAGGUAAAAGGAGACCCCAAAUUGUAGAAACGCACAAAAUUGAAGACAUAUAUGCAUACGAAUAUAGAGCAGUCACCAGCUUGCAGGGAACUUAUGAGGCAAUUGAAAUAUCAGAUGCCUUUUGCUACGCAAAAAAUGAUGCAUAUUUUAGUUCCCCAGUUUAG